AUGGUGUCGUUGGACGAUCUACUAGGUCUUGUGUAUGUUACGUCAUGGUCGAUAUCGAUGUAUCCACCGAUAAUCACCAAUUGGCGCCAUAAGUCAGCGAGCGCGAUAUCUAUGGAUUUUGUCAUGUUAAACACAGCAGGUUACUCUUACUUGGUCACAUCUAUCUUUUUGCAGUUGUACUGCUGGCAAUUGAAAGACGAAGAAUCUGAUUUGGGCAGGCCCAAGUUGACGCAAUUCGAUUUCUGGUACUGCCUUCAUGGGUGCGUAAUGAAUGUUGUCUUGUUGACCCAGGUAGUAGCUGGAGCAAGGAUCUGGAAAUUUCCAGUUAAGGGUCACCGUAAGAUGAAUCCAUGGUACUUGAGGAUUUUGCUGGCAUCACUGGUCAUUUUUUCAGUGCUAACCGUGCAAUUUGUAUACGCGAACUACUGGUACGAUUGGCACAACUCAAGAACUCUGGUGUAUUGCAACAAUCUGUUCCUACUCAAAAUAUCGAUGUCACUGAUCAAGUACAUCCCACAAGUGACGCAUAACUCGACAAGAAAGUCUAUGGAGUGUUUCCCCAUCCAGGGAGUAUUUCUAGAUGUCACCGGCGGUAUCGCCUCGCUGCUCCAGUUGAUUUGGCAGUUGUCUAGCGAUCAAGGUUUCAGCCUGGAUAUGUUCGUGACAAAUUUUGGUAAAUUAGGACUCUCAAUGGUGACGCUGAUAUUCAACUUCAUCUUUAUCAUGCAGUGGUUUGUGUAUCGAUCACGAGGCCAUGACCUGGUAUCAGAAUACCAACUGUGA